GACUGUUACGGUAGGAGGGGAGCUAGGGGCAUUGCUCACACAAAGGUAAGCUGAGGCACGGCCGCGCAGGAGCUUCGACGACCAGGCAAGUACCGUGAGCUUGUUUGCCAGUUUGCCAGCCUGCCACGCACCCAGCAGCACGCCUCGGGCCUCGGCCCCACCAGCAGCGAGCGGGGAGGGGUGGGGUGAGACCGGGUCACUGCUGCUGGCCUUACACCCCGGGGUUAGUGACAUGCCAGGUGGCUGUCCUGAUGGAGGCCCAGCGUGAGAAACCAGCACUGAGUAAGAUGCUUAAAUGCAGGGCUUUUUGCUUUUAGUUAUAAGCACUGGUCCAGCUUGUAUUUAAAUUUCUUGAAGAUCUAUCUAAUAGCCAUGAAGCACUGUAGAUGGGUUUCCUACUGAAGUGCAACUGAUAUCCACAAGAGUCUUCCUUGGGAAAGGAGGAACUGGCCAACCGGCUGCACUGGAGAAAAUGUGGAACAGACUAUGAAGAAAGUGCUGUGCUGUUCAGAAACAAAACAUGAGGGGAACAAAAAGAUGACGUUUUUCUCUGGGGGAGGCAAGAGGGGACUUUUUGUUUCUUAUUUUUUAUAUACUCUCUAUCAUUUGGGGCUUCUAUGAAUUAUUAGUAACUAGGAUAGAAUUUUCAGGCAGAAAUGGUUUUUUUUUUUUUUUUUUUUUUAAUAUCAACAGCCUUCCUCAGAACACUUUUAUUGAGGAAAUAUGUCUGUAUGGCUGUGGCAGCCAUCAGGAUUCCUGGAGUGAAAGAGUACAGAAGAGAAGACUGGGUUGAAUUAAUUCCUGCUAAAUACCUACCAGCAGACUUGCUGUCUAUAUGGGGAGCUGGAGACAGAAUUGUACCAGGGUAGAAAGGAUACUGUGUCUAUUUAUAACUCUGCCUUCAACACCAUAGGAAUUCAAAGGAAAACUCCAACUCAGCACACAGUCUUCUCAUCAUCUGCUUCUGUCAAGAUUAAAUCGGGGCUGAGAUCAUUCUCUUCCUCUGCAAAUCUCUGCAAGGAAGGAUCUCUUCCUUUCUGCCUGUAAAGGACUGCUGCGGUACAAAUCACAUCAAAGCUCAUGUGCUCAGGGAUCCCUCACCCAGCUGAAUGCCACCUCCUCCUCUGCAGUAGCCAGAGCAGGGGCAAAGAGCCUCACAAGACCCCACGGCAGGUUAGCAGUGAGGAACAAAGGUAUCUCACCUGCUCUGCAGCCCUGCUCCGCACACUGUCCUUGCCCUUUGUCUGCACAGCCUCUCUAGGGCAAACGGGGGUAGCAGAGCUCCAGCGUGCUCCCAGCGCCUGCUGACAGGGAUGGGGAGAGGAACAGGGCCUUGGCAUAGGGUCAUACUCACUCAUCCUGUCGCUUACUGAGACAAGGCCGUUACCUAUGGAGGCAUGAGCCUGUCCUGCCACUGCAGAGCCACCCAUCUCUGGGAAGGAUUGGGCUCCGUUAGAUGUGGGGGGCACCUAUCCCUCAGGAGAGAAUAUCCCUGAUGAUAGGAGUACAAAUGAAAGCAGCCUUGAAAAAGGCAUUUGCAAAAACCUGACCACCGCUCUGAAAAUAAGGCAGGCUCCUGGAGUUUUUCAGCUCCACUCUUUUUUAGCCUCAUGGUGCCUCAGAUCUUUCCUUCUCAUCUUCCACCUUCCAGUUUUCUCUUUAAUAAGAACUGCUCUUUCAUUCUUCUCAAAGAGCUAUCUACUCCGUUCUCUCGCUGCUCCUCUUUUGUAAUUCUGUUAUCAAGCUGUCUGCUAGGUGGGGAGCAGAAGGUGCAGGACGUGGUGCUGCCUUUGAGGUACAGGUAAUUAUUAUGUGCAUCUGUUAUUGUGGUUGCUGCCUCAACAGGUGGAAAACAUGCUGUUCCCUGAUAGACUGCAGCACUCUGUGCUCCUACCUCGUCUUUUCUCUAAAGCCAGUCAUGUGGUGUUCCUAAAAUAAUAAACACAGACUUACUGCUGCCACAAAAACCCCUGGUAAAUAUAUUUUUAUGGGAAUGAAAUAUUAAAGGAUUUGAACAGUUAUUCACUGAAAGCAAAAUAUGAGCAGUAAGGUUGGGUAAAGAUUCAAAGACUGGUUUGCUUCCUCUCCCUGGGGCACAUCAAGGCUCUACUGCUUACAGUUUAGAGAUGGAUAGUGGGGAAUUACUUAACCCAGAAUGAUGGAAACAAUUCAGACUAUAAUAAUAUAGCACGAGAGUUUCUCACAUUACAUCUAUUCCCCAUACUGCUGGCUAUAUUCUGGCUUCAGAUUCACGUGCACAACUCUCAUCGGAUUCUGGAGGAACUGUAUUUGAAGCCAAAAUGCAUUUCAUUGUCUUUCUUAAAUCUCUCUAUGGUAUAGUUGCUAAAUCCUGAGCUCAAGGACUGGGGACAAAGCUUGUCUAAACGUUUCCCAGUGUCUGUCUCUGAAAGAUUCCCAUCUGCUCUGCUUCAUUUUGAAUUUCAUCUUCCUACUCUCCUAAAAACACAAAGCAGAAACACACAUUUCCUUUGCUCUGGUGAGCAGGAAUCACCAAAUUUCCCAGCAGGUUCUCUCACAACACACAAUGGAUCCAAGUGUAUCUAAAAAAGCUACAAACCCUUUGUGCAGCAGAAAGGGAGGAGACCAGAAAUGUGGGCCAAGUUUCAGAGUGUUAUGAACACCUCCCAGCCCCCAAAGGGGCUCCAUAUCCUGUUUCCUCUCUCCCAAAAAUUUCACCUGGCUUUGGGUUUCAUUAAGAGAAAUAUACAUCGCUCAAGCCCAGGCUUGAAGUCUUUGGUUCAUGCUUCCUGCUGACACUGCAGAGACUGCAAGAGCCACGAAAGCUGAGUCUGACCUGGGGGCUUCAAAUUUACUACAAUAGCAGAGCAAAUUAAAUAGAGAGCACAUUAAGCGGGUUGGGAGAUUGCUGUUGACCAACAAAUCUUCAUUAAGUUCCUGCACCAAGCUGUGCUGCGCCUCUGAUGAAACUGAUUAUUGCAUCUCCAUCGUUUCAACUAUUCCUCCACCAGGCUUAAAACAAAUUCAAACUUGUUUUAGGCCUAAUUAGAGAUAAAAUGUAAUAUUAAGCCACCUUGCCCCAUGCACUCUUCCAGUUUAGAGGUGUUGGUACAUCAUUCAAGCAGGCCAAAUUCCUCUUUUUUUCACCACCAAAUAUUUACUGCCCUGGUUUUUGCUAGGUCUUUUAUUUAACACCAGUGCUUUGUGGUGGCUCUGUCCACUGUGAUACGGUUACUUUCUGAGCUACUGGCUUGCAUUACCGAGGACAAGGUCUGAGAUCAGCUCCUGGCACUGCUUCCAAACCUUUCAGCUGAGCUUUCUUUGAGAUGCACCAGCACAAACCUCAAAGAGAUCACUUGACUCACAUCUCCCACAGCAAAACCUGUACCUGGAUAACAGCAGCUUUGACAGGAUUAAAGCAAAGUCCUUUUCUGGCCUCCAGGUCCAAAAGGAGGCUACCAUAGCAGGGGCAUCCGACACCUUUCCCACAGGCCACUACCAAAAAGACAGCUCCAUGGGUAAAACUCAGGUGCCAAGCUAUUUUUCUGUAUGGAUUCUAAAAAUACUCCACCCAAUUUAGGCUAAGCAUAGAGAGGUUUGAUGGAAAAGUGCAGCAGAAGGCACGGGAAAUUAAACAGCGGUGCUGAGAAUUAUAUAGCCUCAGCGUAUGCAGUAUGCAUCACAGGCUAUCCUUGCCCUAAGGUAAGAUGAGAAACAAUUACUCAGUAUUUGUCUUCUAAAUGUAAGUUAAGAAACAAAAAGGGACAUGCAGACGCACCAGAAAUGUUAGCCUUCACUAUCACUCGUUGCCAGUUGACAUUUAUGGUGGCCAUUCAUGUUGGCCACAGAAAUUGCUCGUACCCCAUACUUAGGUUGUCUUCAGACUCAGAAAACACAUGACAAAUGCAGAUGGGACUCAACCUGUAUCUGUAACAAUAUCUGUAACAAAAAGAAAGCCUCAACCAUUUGAGUUUGUGCAGCAGUGCCGCAGCACACAGGCUGUUAGUAGUUGCCAGCACCGGGGCGCUGCAAGACAACACCUCCUUCCCAAAGGUGCCUGUUGUGUCCCAAGCAAGACUGAAGAGUGCAGGCACAGCAGCUGCUUUCUGAUGGGAUCCAAAUUAUUUUUUCCUAACGAUUAGAUGGUUUUCAGCUCUAGAGGAAAGUCAGAUAUUUUUGCAGCAGGUGAUCUAUGACAUUUAGAGGUCACAUUUUUUAACUGCUGGUUGCUUUAGAAAUAUGGUAUGAGUUAACCUAAAGGAGAAAUGAUUAGAAAUACCUGUGAUCCCAAGAGCUAACACAACUGCUGGGAAAUUGUAGACCUCAAAUCAGCUGUGUUACAGGAUGUGAUUAGAUCCUAUUAUUUUUUCUUUCAGCAGAAAGGUAGUGAGAUUUUACAAUGAGAAGAAAGCAAUCUGCAUAGCUGACUUGGGAUUUCACCUCCUCCCGGUGCAUCUCUUACACUGCGUGCACAUCACCCCUCAAGCCUCAGCUCUGUUCAUUCUCAGACUGACCUCUGUACUAACUUGAUUUAUUGUUUCAAGUUCUCCGAUAGUAUAUUACGUUAUGCCCCAAAGGGUCUGAUUAGAACUGGCCAGUAUUUUAAUGAUUUACAAGGGGCAUCUGGGACCGUGCGGAUAGCAUACGUGUUGUGUCACUGCUAUAGGAGGAGCCUUUAUUGAUCCAUACCAGUGUGCUCCAAGACAAGACUGUGUCAAAGUCCAAUAAGCUUUAGUUCACAAACCUGAUUUGACAGGUGGCCAAGCUUGCACUGGGACUGACCGUAGCUCUCACGGUGGGAAUAAAACAAAACAGCUGGACUGCUUCUAGCCCUUGCAUUAUGAGAGGAUUUCCAUUCCUUUCUCUUCUAUUUCUAUCUUACAGUGCUUAAGGAGGUGUUUAUCCUUCCUAGUUCUCCAGCCAAAAACCUGGGCAACAGGAGCUUGCUAUCAGCUCUGUGGUCUGUCCUUCUGCCAGAAGACACUGGUGAGAAAUACAGGCUUCUGGAACUAGCCUUCUGAGCCUCUGAUGGCCCGGGACUCACUGUGUGGCAGGGACCUGCUGCGUCCCACAAUAAGAAGAGCCUCAAGCAUCUCGCGGGCAGGGCAGAGGGGGGACACCCCACCCCUGGAGGAGCUGCAGCGCCUGCUCUGGACACGUGCACCCCCCAUGGGGCAUGUGGAUGAAGUCUGGCCAAACCUUUAUGUGGGAGACCUGUACAUUGCUCGUGACAAAGCACAGCUGAGCAGAAUGGGCAUCUCCCACGUUGUGAAUGCUGCUGCAGGGCGCUUCCACAUCGACACUGGGCCCAAGUUCUACAAAGACCUUCUUGUGGAUUACUAUGGAGUAGAAGCAGAGGACAGCCCAAACUUCGAUCUCAGCAUUUACUUCUACCCAGUUGCUCGAUACAUAAGAGCCGCACUGAAUUCCCCAAGAGGCAAAGUGCUGGUCCACUGCGCGAUGGGAAUCAGUCGAUCUGCAACUCUUGUCCUCGCCUUCCUAAUGAUCUGUGAGGACAUGUCCCUUGCCGAUGCGAUUCAGGCCGUGCGCUCCCACAGAGGGAUCUGUCCCAACUCCGGCUUCCUGAAGCAGCUGCGAGAGCUGGACCUGAGGCUGGGGAGGGAGAAGCGCAUGGGAGCUGGGGCCUGCUAACACUGGGCUGGCCAGCAGCAGGAGCAUGGCCUGCCGCCAAGCUCAAGCUGAGGCUGGCGCAUGGACACUGAGGGCACACCGCUGUAGCUGCACUGAGAAACGCUGCUGGGGAGAGCUGGUUGGAGCUUGCAAUGUAUUUUUUGGAUAAGCCCACUAAUUGAAAGAAACUGAAAUAAAGAAGGAUUCAGAUUGGCAA